ACUGAAAAUGACACUUCCACGUUUCGAUCAAAUCCGACCCAAGAUCGAGCAACACAUCCGGGAGGUGAAGGAUUUCCCGAAGAAAGGCAUUAAUUUUCGUGAUAUAAUGCCAUUGUUCACAAAUCCUCAACUCGUCAACGAGCUCUGUGUUGUCAUUGCCGAUCACGUUCGUCAUACAGUUGGACACGUGGAUUCAGUUGCUGGCUUAGAGGCACGGGGAUUCCUAUUCGGACCACAAGUUGCCAUUCAGCUGGGUGUUCCAUUUGUGCCAAUCCGCAAGAAGGGAAAGCUCCCAGGAGCAACGAUUGAAGCAUCGUAUGUGAAAGAAUAUGGAGAGGAUCGGGUUGAAAUUCAAGAAGGAGCAAUUAAAAAUGGGGAUAUUGUGUUCUUGAUCGAUGACUUGUUGGCUACUGGAGGCACUUUAAGAGCUGCCACCGAUCUAGUCGUGAAAGCUGGUGGAAAAGUCGGUGAGGCAUUUGUUCUCAUAGAACUGGCACCAUUGAAUGGUCGUUCCAAGCUUCCGGAUGUUAAUCUGACAACUCUCAUCUCCUAUGAUAGCGCUUAAUAACCAUAUCUGAAAAUGACUGAAAGCUUCUCGAUUGUUAAUUCACUUGAUCUAAAUAUAAAUUGAUUUUAAUAAAAGUUAAAGUCUUUAUC